AUGGAGAUGGAGAUGGAGAUGGAGAUGCAACAAAGAUAUCUAGCUAAGUAUAUGGAUCUAAGAUUAGAAGAAGCCUGCCUUAAUGGAGACCUUGACAAGCUCCGAAGGCUCCUCAAAGAAGACAACCUCAUGCUUCACAGGUUUAGCAGCAGCGUCACCGCAGCCAUUGACAACCCACUCCAUAUGGUAGCUUCACUUGGACACACUGACUUAGCAAAUGAGCUCGUCAUUUGGAAUCCUAAACUUGCUUUAGACCUUAACCCCAGAGGUCUCUCAGCACUGCAUUUGGCUUCAGCUCAUGGUGACCUAGAAAUAGUUAAACUUUUGAUAUCAAAGGUGGGCUCUCAUCUUUGUUUUUUGAAAGACAAGGAUGGAAGACUACCAAUCCACAGUGCAUCCAUGAAAGGCAGGAUUGAAAUCUUGGACCAACUGAUCAAGGUAUGCCCAGAGUCUGCCAGAGCACUGACAUAUCAAAAUGAAAGCAUCCUCCACCUCGCUGUUCAGUUCAACUCCUUUGAGACUCUUGAGUUCUUAGUAAAGAAGCUGGAAGUUGAUGAUGAUAUUGAUGAGAUUUUGAACCUCAAAGAUGACAAGGGCAAUACCAUCCUCCACCAUUCAAUAGCCAGAAGACAACUCCAGAGUGUGAAGCUGCUGUUAAGCAAAGGAGAGAAGGUGGAAGUGAACGCCAUGAACCACAAGGGUUUGACUGCACUUGACGUGCUGCUAGACUCACCAAGCCAGCAUGGGGACUUGACGCUCGGUGAAGUGAUACGUGUGGCCGGUGGCAAAGUGGCAAUCGAACUAGAUCCUCACCAACCAUCCUUGCAAGCUAAACAUAUCAAAGGAAUGAGUCUAGUAAUACUUCUAAUAAUACUUCAAGAAGCUGGAGACGACCGCGCCGCACUUACUCUAGGCCCCAACAGAAGACUAAGAAACAACUCAAGGUUGAAGAUAACUACACUCCUGGCACUAAUGGUCGUAGCCACCUUGAUAGCCACAAUUACCUUUCAGUCAGGAUUGAACCCACCGGGUGGAUUCACUCAAGAUAAUGGUAAUACCACUGUAACCAACAUUACCAACAGUACUAACUCUACAGCUUCUUCAGGGAUUGCUGUUCUUGGUUCAAAUCUAAGCACAUUUUUGUUCUUUGAUAUGAUUGGUCUCUUUGCUUCACUUAGCAUCAUCCUUGUACUGAUAUGUGUGGUGCCAAGGAAAAAAAAGAAGAUGAUGAAGAUACUGGUUGUGAUCAUGUGGGUUUCUGUCUUCUCAACAGCCCUGGCUUUUUCUGCAGGGAUAUAUAAGAUUUUCCCGGACUCUAACCGGAAAAAAUCAAACUUUUUGCUGAGGGGUUGGUUGUGGAUUUUGAGGAUCUUCAUGUUAUGCAUGUGUUUGCAGUUUGUUGUGUAUAUGUUACGGAAGGUGGGUUGGUGGAGAAAGAAGGAAGGAGAUGGAUUGAGUAACAUUGUGAGAAGAGGAGGAUGUCUUCUUUGGUGUUUGAGGAUUGGAGUACUGUUGAUCACACUGUUUCUCUUGGCUUUCUUUGGAUUUUUCUACUAUGUUGCUUUUGUUGCUUGGGAUUUAAACAAGACUACAUGA